CCGCCUCCGCCUGCGCCCGCGCCCUGGGCUGGUGCCCGCCACCCCAGCGAUCUCACACUGGUCCCUGGGCGCACGGUGACCCUGCGGCUGCCCGGCCCCUACCUCCGCCCGCGCGGCCCCCUCGCUCAGGUCGCGCGCGCCCGGGGCCUGGCUUCGCGUGGGUCCUGGCUCCUCCCGUUCCGCAGUUGGUGCCGUCUGACAGCCCCUUCCGCGCGGCGCGGCGCGGCGCGGCGCGGCGGGUGUCGGGCGGGGCGCGGGCCUCCGGCCUGAGGCCCGGCGAGGUGCGGGCGGGAGCGGGGCGCGGAUCCGGCCCAGAUGGGCAGCUCCGUCCGCGGGGGCAGGGCCGGGCUUCGGCUUCACCGCAGCCUCGCCUGAGCGGGCGCCUCUGAAGUGGAGGGCGGGCCGCCUGGGCCGCGGGCCUCGGGAGGAUGGUGGCGCCCUGGCGCGUCUCCGUCAGGGUUUGCCUGUCGCACCUGAGGUGCUUCGAGCUCAGACAGGGACUCAGCCUCCUGAGGCCCUCCGAGUGCCCUCGCGAUGCCAGGCUCUGCUGGCUUCUGCUGGGCACUUUGCCCAAGGUCGUCUCCGUGUGCGGGGACGUGGGUGAGGGGGCCCCUGAUGUUCUGGGUCGGCGAAGGGUCCGCUGCAGCGGGGCGGCUGGCGCGGGGCCCGCGGAGAGCCUCCCCCGAGCGGGACCUCUGGGCGGCGUCUUCCUGCAUCUCCGCCUCUGGCUUCGCGCCGGCGCUCUGUUGGUGAAAUUCUUCCCCCUCCUACUCCUCUACCCCCUCACCUACCUGGCUCCCAGCGUCUCUACCCUCUGGCUCCACCUGCUUCUGAAAGCCACCGAGACCUCAGGCCCAACCUACAUCAAACUGGGCCAGUGGGCCAGCACCCGGCGCGAUCUGUUUUCGGAGGCUUUUUGUGCCCAAUUUUCCAAGCUGCAUGUCCGAGUGACGCCCCACCCGUGGACUCACACUGAGCGCUUCCUUCGGCAGGCUUUUGGGGAUGACUGGGGGAGCAUCCUCUCUUUUGAGAACCGGGAACCUGUGGGCUCAGGCUGCGUGGCCCAGGUGUACAAAGCAUACGCCAACACUGCCUUCCUGGAGACUGACAGCGUCCAGAGACUUGGCAGGGCCUCCUGUCUGCCGCCCUUCUCACAUACUGGGGCAGUCGGUGGGCUGAGAGAGCUCUUUGGAUACCUUGGAAAUGGCCGGAAACCUCCAGAAAAUCUCGCAGACCAGUCGUUUCUAGAAAGGCUGCUCCUCCCUAAAGCUGACCUGGUUGGAUCAAAUGCAGGGGUGUCUCGGGCUCAGGUGCCUGGCCGCCAACCUGAGGCCACCAACCUCAUCCCCGUGGCAGUGAAAGUGUUGCACCCUGGCCUGCUCGCUCAGGUGCAUAUGGACCUGCUGCUGAUGAAGAUUGGCAGCCGAGUCCUCGGACUUUUGCCAGGCAUCAAGUGGCUUAGCUUGCCUGAGAUUGUGGAGGAAUUUGAGAAGCUGAUGGUCCAACAGAUUGACCUGCGUUACGAAGCUCAGAAUCUAGAACACUUCCAGGUCAACUUCAGGAAUGUGAAAGCCGUCAAGUUCCCCACCCCUCUGCGCCCCUUUGUCACCAGAGAAGUCUUGGUGGAAACGUAUGAAGAGAGUGUGCCUGUGUCCAGUUACCAGCAGGCAGGAAUUCCCGUGGACUUGAAAAGGAAGAUUGCACGGCUGGGGAUCAACAUGCUCCUGAAGAUGAUAUUUGUGGAUAACUUUGUCCAUGCAGACCUUCACCCUGGAAACAUCCUGGUUCAGGGUGCCGACAGCCUGUCCUUGAGUCAGGAGGUGCACCUGCAGCAGGCGGACAUCUGUGACACUCUGGUGGUGGCCGUGCCAUCUUCCCUGUGCCCGCUGCGACUGGUGCUGCUGGAUGCUGGCAUUGUGGCAGAGCUGCAGGCCCCUGACCUGAGGAAUUUCCGGGCAGUUUUCAUGGCUGUGGUGAUGGGGCAGGGCCAGAGAGUGGCUGAGCUGAUCCUGCAUCAUGCCCGGGCCAGCGAGUGCAGGGACGUGGAGGGGUUCAAAACCGAGAUGGCCAUGCUGGUGACCCAGGCCAGGAAGAACACCAUCACCCUGGAGAAGCUUCAUGUGUCCAGCCUUCUCUCUAGUGUCUUUAAGUUGCUGAUGACUCACAAGGUAAAGCUUGAGAGCAACUUUGCCUCCAUUGUGUUUGCCAUCAUGGUGUUGGAGGGGCUUGGCCGCUCACUGGACCCCAAACUGGACAUCCUGGAGGCAGCGAGGCCCUUCCUCCUCACGGGCCCAGUGUGCCCCCUGUGAUGGGGCAGUGGCCUCUGUGGGCCCUUGUCAAGAGCUGGAGGCCACUCCCAAGAGCCUCUCCUAUGGCAGCUGGGACGUUUUCAAAUUGGGACACCAAUUUCAAAUGUAACCCUCCAGUGGUGGAAGGCACACCAUGGCUUCCUCUGCUUGGUUUGAGGGUCUGUUCAAAAGCUUUGGGCCAAUUAGGGAGUAAAAGGAGGGAAGGGGCCUAUCCAUUCCAUUGUGGAAGCUGGGCCAGGUGCCAGGGACACUCUCCUUCAGGGAAAAUGUUCUGUGGAGGAGGACGAAUAAACUUAUUUUGUUUUCCUGUUUUUCUCA